UCCAUGCGUGACGGAGUUUUCUUCUCGAACUUGCGAGAUUUAAAUGGGGAUGGGAGACGACGAAGAACACUGUUUCUGCAAUUUUCAAAGUGCUUUUUGUUGGGAGGGUUUAACUCUUAGGCGCACACGCGGCGAUGUUCCAUUUUUCCUGUCCUUUUCUCUCACCAGAAUCACAAGAGAUGCUACAAAGCAAAACGUCUUCUCUUCUACUUUCCCAGUUACCAAACACCCUGUAACCGCGGAAAAGACUCUCCCUUUUCGUGUCUUUCGGCCAAGAUUGGUCCUCUAGAGCAAAACCCACUUCGAGUUUCUUCGGAUUGAGUUCUCUUUCUUCGCCGUGAUGGCGGUCGAUUCGCCGGACCGUCGAGAUUUUGUCGUGAAGAUCGACGGUGAGGAUGAGCGGAACAAUGGCGGCGCCGGGGGUACUGUCGGAAGAAUCUGGAGAGACGGCAGUUACGAUUUCUGGACCGAUGGGCAUGGCAAUUGGAGGAACGGUGGGAAUGCGGCGGAUGACGGCGGAAGAGACGCGGCGGAGCAAGACGAGGGUUUCGAUUUCCGGUUGAACCGAAACGGCGGAGCGGAGGAUCCUCCGACGAAGCUGAUCGGUCAGUUCCUUCACAAGCAGAAGGCUUCGGGCGAGUUUUCGCUGGAUAUGGACCUCGGCAUGGCGGAGCUUCAGCCGCGUGGCUUGACUCCGGUGUCUGAGUCUCCGGCGUCGGCGACGGCGAAAAAAGAUUCCGAUGCCCUGAGGAGACGCAACAGUCGGAGUAGCACCAACGACGACGGAGAGGUCGUGAAGUGUAGUUCCAAUGCGUCGUUUCAGAGAAUUUCAAGCAACUUGCUUAAGACAAGGACUAGGUCUCGGCUUCUUGACCCACCAACGCCGCCGCAGCAUCCGGCGGAAACGAAGUCGGGUCGGGUCCCGAGAUCGGGUCUAUUGAAAUCCGGAUUCUUUGUGAGAACACCGAAAACUCCGGGAGAAGAGGAAGAGGAAGAAGACCCAUUUUCAGACGAGGAUGUACCAGAAGAGUACAAGAAAGAGAAGCUGAGUUUCUGGGUUCUGCUUGAAUGGGUGAGUUUGGUUCUGAUAACAGCCGCCUUAGUCUGUUCACUAGCGUUUCCUUUCUUGCGGAAGAAGAAAUUGUGGAAGUUAGAGCUGUGGAAAUGGGAAGUGUUGGCUCUGGUGUUGAUUUGCGGCAGACUGGUGGCUGGUUGGAUCGUUAGGAUCCUCGUGUUCUUCGUCGAGAGAAACUUCCUGUUGAGGAAGAGGGUUCUGUACUUCGUGUACGGAAUCCGAAAAGCGGUAGAGAACUCUCUCUGGUUAGGGCUUGUCCUGUUAGCGUGGCAUUUCUUGUUCAGCAAGAAAGUCGCGAGAGAGACAAACAGCGAGGUGGCCCAGUACGUGACCAGAAUCAUUUUCUGUCUACUGACCGGUUUCGUCUUAUGGCUCGUGAAAACGCUGUUGGUUAAGGUUCUCGCCUCGUCUUUCCACUUGAGCACGUACUUUGACAGAAUCCAGGAAUCUCUGUUCACUCAGUACGUCAUCGAGACAUUAUCUGGUCCUCCUCUGAUCGAACUCCAGAAGAACGAGGAAGAAGAAGAGAGAAUCGCUAACGAGGUGAAGAAGAAAUUCUCGGGCAAUCAGAAAAGCCCUAGAGUCGGGAAAAGCCCCUUGGUAUCUCGGUUACUGUCCAAGGAAGGAGAGAAUAAGGCGAUAACGGUUGACAGCCUGCAUAAGAUGAACCCUAAGAACGUUUCGGCCUGGAGAAUGAAGAGACUGAUAAAUAUGAUCCGGCACGGAGCACUUACCACACUGGACGAGCAGAUACAGGGCUCGAAUCUAGAAGACGAUAAAGGAAACCAGAUCAGAAGUGAAUUAGAGGCGAAACUCGCCGCAAGAAAUAUCUUUCGUAACGUCUCGAAACCCGGAUCAAAAUUCAUCUACUUGGAGGAUAUCGUGAGGUUCAUGCCGGAAGAUGAAGCUAUGAAGGCUCUGAGUCUCUUCGAAGGCGCAUCAGAAAGCAACCGAAUCAGUAAAUCAUGUUUAAAGAACUGGGUGGUUAAUGCUUUUAGGGAGAGAAGGGCACUAGCCCUGACCCUAAACGACACGAAAACGGCAGUGAACAGGCUACACAAGAUGGUGGAUAUACUCGUCGGGAUCGUGGUAGUGGUCAUUUGGCUACUGAUCCUCAGGAUACGGAUCACCAAAUUCCUCGUGCUGGUCAGCUCGCAGGUGGUGCUGGUCGCGUUCAUAUUCGGGAACAUGUGCAAGACGGUGUUCGAGUCUAUCAUCUUCUUGUUCGUGAUCCACCCCUUCGAUGUCGGGGAUCGGUGCGAGAUAGAUGGCGUUCAGAUGGUGGUGGAAGAGAUGAACAUAUUGACAACGGUCUUCCUGAGAUACGAUAACCAGAAGGUAGUGUAUCCGAACAGUCUUUUGUGGACAAAGUCUAUAGGAAACUACUACCGAAGCCCCGACAUGGGAGAUGGAAUUGAGUUCAGCAUUCACAUCUCCACUCCUGCCGAUAAGAUCGCUCUGAUGAAGCAACGAAUCACGAGCUACGUCGAUGGAAGAAAGGAUCAGUGGCACGGAGCGCCGAUGAUAAUAUACAAAGAGAUGGAAGGGCUGAACAGCUUCAGGAUGGCGGUUUGGCCGACGCAUCGGAUGAACCAUCAGGACAUGGGCGAGCGCUGGUCGAGACGCUCUCAGCUCGUCGAGGAGCUCACUAAGAUCUGCAGAGAAUUGGACAUCGACCACCGCUUGUACCCUCUCGACGUCAACGUCCGAGCCAUGCCUCCUCUUCCUUUGCCUGUUUCCGUCCGUAUUCCUCCCUCUUGGACUGCUCCGACCGGCCGGAGUUGAACCUUGAGCGUCUUAAAACUUUGUCUGGAUGAGACCAAAUCUAAUCAGAAGGAAAUCAGCA